AUGAGUAAGAGCGCUGAGGAUGCACUACAGUCUAUAAAGGAGGCCAGAGAAAAGGCUCACAAGCUGAAGCUAAACGCAAUGUCUAAAAAGGAAAGGAGAAAAUUUCCUGGCAAUUUCAUGAAUUUUAAGCUCGGUGGUGGCCGACCUGAGUUCUAUCAUGUCGAACGGAAUCAAAAUGGUCGGAUCUUUGAGCCUGAUCACGUAUUUGAAAUUGUCGUGUAUGGGACUAAGAACAACUGCCAGGCUACUGUUAUAAACAAGUCAUGGAAUAGGAGGACGGUAUCGUUGACGAAUGCGGGUAGGGUUGGUAUAAGAAAAUGUAAGAGGAAAGGCAAUAAGACAGCAGAGCGGAUCGGACAAAGUGUCGCUAAGAAGAUGCGACGGUUAGGCGUGAGUUGCGCUGACUUGCGAUUCCGUUAUCUAAUGAGGCCAUGGCUUUAA